AUGAGACAGAAAGUUGACUCUCUCGACAUCAGAAAUGAUCUAUCCAUCCCGCCGACGAAACCGUCUGGCAGGGGACCCAGAGAUUCGCUCAAGGUGGCCACCAAACCGAUCGGCAGAAAUGCGCCGAAGAAAGCCGAAGCAGAGGAUACAAGAGAGGGCUUGCUGUACAAGUUGGCUCAUUCGGAAGUCUCUUCCAGAAGGGGGGCCGAUUAUUACAUUCCGCAUAGAGUUUUGGAGCGGGAGAUGAACUGGUUGAAGGACCCUCGAGCACUGGCUGAUCGAGUCGUGGAGAUUUUGAAAUCUCAAGAUCCCAUGCUCGCCGUGGCACUUAUUCGGAGGGCCCAUUAUAUGGAUAUCUCGACCGUUGUGGCCUAUAAUCGCUUGUUGGAGUAUUGUUUACGUAUGAAGGCUCCGAAGGCUGCGUUCAGGUUUUGGAACGAUAUGAAAAAAAGAGGAGUUUCUCCCAACUCGAGAUCUUAUACGACUAUGUUGGAUGGGUUAGCGCAGGAUUUCCCAAAGGAGAGAGUCAAACCCGUGGAAAUUGCCCUGAAAAUCUACCGGUCUCUCUCCGAAUCCAGCUCCCGUGUCGAACCCAAUAUCAUCCAUACCAACGCGAUGCUUAAGGUGUGCUGGCACCACCGUGACAUGGAUAUCCUCUGGCAGGUUGCUGGCGAGCUGCCGGAGAAUGGCCCACUGGCUCCGGAUACAUAUACAUACGCUACCAUAUUACGAGCUAUCUCGGAUGUCACUCUGUCGAACACGGCCGCAAUGGGUGAACAAAAUCUCGAAGCGAUCUUGGAAAGGAGAGCCCAGGGUAUCAAAGAAGGUAAACGUAUAUGGUCCGAUGUCGUCUACCAAUGGAAGAAGGGCCGACUGGCUCUCGACAACCAUCUUGUUGACGCAAUGGCCCACCUGCUAGUGUAUAAUUCGAGUUGCGACCAUGAUAUCUGGGAGGUGUUUGCAUUGUAUAACCAAACAACUGGUCUUCCAAUCUUCGCAGAGGAGCCCCCCAAAGAGAGGAAACGAUUAUAUUCGAGGACUCGGCAGGAAUCUUCUGCUAUUAAGAGAAGACAUACGGAGGAAGAUAUCCCAUUCGUGGACGAGGGUGAGAGAUUGUGGGAAAACAAGUCUGAAAUUUUGGAGCAAGAGGAAGCAGAAGAAGAGAACUUCGAUGGUCUUUUCGACGCUGUUGUUGAAUCCGGCGAUUCAUCGACGGCGGAGAAUAGUUCGGAGAAAGGCAAGUCUGCUCCGUCAUAUCUUCCGGUGAAAAAUGUAGAACUGUCGAUGCUUCUCCAAGCUUGCAUGACCAUGACCCAGGGGGCGGGUGCUGGAAAGAGUUACUGGCGGUACCUUACACAAGAAGAGCACUCACACAGUGUCAAACCCGAUGGACCCUCAUAUUAUCAAUACCUACGCCUUCUGCGAUAUUCACGGUCCAGCCGUGACGCUGUCCAGCUGAUCCGCGAUAUGAUGGAACCCAAUGGGCUUGCCGAAGGAAAGGCAUUCCACAUUGCCAUGUCCUGUUGUUCGCGUGACCGCAGAAACCCCAAUGUAUUCAAGUACGCCAACGAGCUUCUGGACAUCAUGCGCAAGGCUCUUGUAAUGCCUGAUGCUCGAGCAUUGAAGGGUUAUUUCGAUCUGGUCCGGUCUCUGGAGAAAAACCCGCAAUUUCUGAUGACGCUCAACGGCCUCGACUCGGGCGACAACACCAAACAAACCGACUUAAGCGCCCUCGGCAACAGGCUGAAAGCGAGCUUGCUCACGACUGCAGCGGAGAAUCUCCGCUGGCAUGUUUCCAAGCUCGAAAGUGCUGUGGACAAUAGCGUGCAGCCAAACCAACGUAUGCAAAAGCGAUUGUCUCAGGCGGCCGAGUUUAGCCCGCACGUCGUGACCCUUGGGGAACAUGCCCUUAUAGCAAUGACCGAGAUGCGAAGACUAUUAGACUCGAUCAAGAAGGACUUCGCGCGAUAUGUUUCUUCCGAUGACCUCGCAGAAUUCGAGAAGCAAGCCGUGGAGUUGAGGAAAUACUCCAAGCAGACGGUUACCAAAACGAUGCGGAAGAGCUUGAUUGGAGCAUCUCCCGGCAUGCGUAUGGAUUUCAACACGGAAACUCCGAUGUUACCCGAGACCAGGUGA